AUGUUUAAUCCUGAACAAUUUGCUGCAAAUUAUUAGAUCAAUUUCUCUAAAUUAAUAGGCAAAGGACAUGAUAGUACAGUAUUUUUGACUAUAAACAAAUAAACUAAACAACAAUUUGCAUUAAAAUGUUUAGCAUAAACGAUUGAAUAAAAUGCAAUUAAUUUAUUCGUAAUUAUAAUAUCAUAUUUUCAAGAGAACGAGAUCCAAAUACUCCGUCACAUUCAACAUCCAAAUAUUAUAACUAUGAUUGGAUAUUGUUCAGAUUGUUCUUGUAUGCUUCUUGAAUUAAUGACUAAUGGUUCUCUUUAUAAAAUCUUACUCUAAGGUUCUUUACCUAUAGCUAUUGCAAAUGGAAUUAUACUUUAAAUAGCAUAGACUUUAUAAUAUCUUCAUGAAAAAGGAAUAACUCAUGGAGAUAUUAAAUUAGAUAAUCUACUAAUUUCUGGAGAUUUCAUAAUCAAAUUAUGUGAUUUUGGAUUUGCUAAGAUUAAUGGAUAAACUCCAAUUCCUAAAAUUACUGUUUCUGGUAGUGAAGGAUAUACUGCUCCUGAAAUUUGGAAUAUUCCAAUAGAUUUAAGAAAAUGUGAUAUGUUUUCAUUGGGAGUAGUUUAUUUUAUUAUGGUGACAGGACAUCCUCCAUUUGAAUCAAAUAAUCCAUAAACAGAAGAUACUUGGUGGAAAUUCAUUAAGAAUGAAGAAUGGAAUAUAUUUUGGAAAGAAUUAAAAUUAACAAUAUUACCAGAUUAUGUUAGAACAAUGAUUGAAAAAUUACUUUGUGUAAAUUAACAGAUGAGAUAUUCAGCUGAUGAAAUCAUUUAAUUAUUAAUAAAUAAAUCUGCUACUUUAGAUUAAAUAAUUAAUGAGAUAAAAAAAAGACUCACUUAAUUUAAAUGA